AAAGGCCUGCUAAUCUGAGCACAACUAAAGCAGCAACUAAAGCAUCUAAGGUUUCUAAAAUACCUGUUCCAAAGCCAGAUUCCUCUGUGCUUUCUAGGACUACAAAGGGUACUUCACUAAAUGCAAGCGCCUCAAAGCGUAAUCAGAUUGCUCAACCAGGUGCAGCAGUUAAUGUUCAGAGGAAGAUUGAAUUCUCAGGUGCAGCAGUUAGUGUUCAGAGGAAGAUUGAAUCAAAGGCUUCUUCGGGCAAUACCAGAAGUGCUCAAAAGAAUUCAAAAGCUGGCCCUGCUAACACGUCUUCAACUGUUGGAACUUCUAUUAGACAAGCUAGGAGAAAUGUGGUCAGUUCAGCAUCGGAAAGACAUCCGUCAACUAAUUUACAAUGUCCUUCGGUUCCUGCAGUAACUAAAGGUUUAGAAGUCAUUCGAGAUCCAUUAGGUCCUUCCACUAGUCAUAAGCCAAACAGUCAUGAUAGUGGAGGCAAUAAAACUGCAGUUUCUCUCCCUCAAAAUGCCUGCUAUUCUGGUGGAAACAUGCAUCACCCACAACUGCAAACAGCAAAACCCUCAGGUUUACGGAUGCCAUCACCAUCACUGGGUUUUUUUGGCCAGCCAAAAGCUUCUUCUUUGCGUAGCCCAUUACAGAGAAGUUUUCAACCACACAAGUUUGAGUCUAAUAUUCCUAAUUUCAGAAAACCUGAUGCCAUAAACCACAUUCAUGAUCUGAGGCCCCCAACUCACCCAGGGAAAAUUCCCAAUGUGGUCAACAAUGUGAGAACAAUCGGAGGAAAUAUGGAGGAGGUCUUAUGCUCAAGUUUGGAAUGCUCGGAUCCAUCUACUGUUAACCCUGCUUCACAUAAUAGGCAAGAUGAAAAGAUGAAAUCUGUCUUGAAAAUGAAUAAUAGGCAGAAGGUGGAAGUGAAGGUGCCACGUCAAGCAUUAAAAUAUCAGCAACAGCUUCAUAGCAUUAUUGAUGAUGUUGAGCAGCAAGUUCUGGAACGUGCAGAACCAUAUAAAACUGAAAUGAUUUCUCAUACUAUGGAUAUGGAAUUGCAGAAAAUUGAUGACAAAUUUCCCUUACAGGAGGGAGCACCCUGUGGACAGUUGGGCAAAUCUGAUGACAGCAAGAUCUCUGAUGUUUGCCUGAGGAAUAGAGAUUUAAGUGAGACAGAAUUGGAAAAUCACCCUUCAAUUUCUUGUCUUAGUCCUGCAGUACAAGAUAAAGGUAUUUCUGGGACAAAUGACUUGAUCGACCACCAAACUUUAGAACACCAACCAUAUAAUUUGAAAAUUAAGAACGGUGGUGACCUUUCAGGGUUAAACUCUGGAGCUGCCUGUUACAAUACAUGGAGUACUUCAGAAGAAAAGGUCCCAUGUCAAGCAGUAAAAAAUCAGCAACAGCUUCAUAACAUUAUUGACAAUGUUGAUCAGCCAGUUCUGAAAUGCGCAGAACCAUAUAAAACUGAAAUGAUUUCUCAUAGUGAGGAUAUAGAAUUACAGAAAAUUGAUGACAAAUUUCCCUUACAGGGAGCACCCUGUGGACAGUUGGACAAAUCUGAUGACAACAAGAAGGUCGCUGAUGUUUGCCUGAGAAAUAGAGAUUCAAGUGGGACGGAAUUGGAAAAUCACCCUUCAAUUUCUUGUCUUAGUCCCGCAGUACAAGAUAUAGGUGUUUCUGGGACAAAUGGCUUGAUUGAUCACCAAGCUGUAGAAGACCAAGCAUAUAAUUUGGCAAUUACGAACGGUGGUGCCUUUUCAGGGUCAAACUCUGGAGCUGCCAGUUACAAUACAUGGAGUACUUUAAAAGCAAAUGAUGAUUGGUCAAGCGGUUCACAUAAGGUCAAGGAACAAUCUGGGGAACAAGCUGAGCUGAAGAAGCCUUUCACCCGUAAAGAUGACAAAAUGUCUAGUGAGAGUCAGAGGUUAUGGGCAAAUGAUGCUAGUCUCCUGGAGGAUAGUGGAGCUCCCGAAGAGUCCCAGAAAUUCAGUUGUAUGGCAGAUGUCAGCCCAAAAGUCCAAGAUUGUAUUGAAACUGAAGAGGAAAGAUCUCAUGGUCAGUCUCUCUAUAUGCAUAUGGAGCAGGCAAAAGAUGAUGGUAGUAAAGAUGAUAAAACCAGCAGGAAAUCACCUGUGGGAGAUGUGCAUGCAGAGUCUUUAGAUGGUGAUAUGUCAGAUGCUACCAGCAGAAGUCGCCUGAGCACUUCAACAGGGGAUAAUCAGGUAAUAGUGGUUGUUGAUGAAGUAAAUAAAAGAUUUGGAGAGGAACUGGAGCUCCACCAGAGUAUUGAGUCUGUUAAACUGGAGGCAAGUGGUGCUUGUGAAAGUAAUUCAAAAAGUUCAGGUGGUCUUUGUCUGAUACCAGCUGCAAUGCAAACUUGUGGUCAUGACAUGGCUAAGACAGUGGAGUGCCAAUAUGCGGACGAUGCUCCAUCAAUUUCUGUGGACUGCGAGCCAGUGGUUGAAAAUUAUAAUUCUUCUAUUGAUACACAGUUUAGACAUGACAUGGAGCUCCACGGUCAAGUUUGCUCAAUGGAAUUGGAUAUGAUGGUUGAAAAUCAUAUGCCUGGUAAUGAUUGUCCAAAAAGUGGAGAUUAUAGCGCCAGUGAAUUGGAAAAUCCUCAAACGAGCCCUGUAUUGCACAUUGAGAGUGGUUCUGGGAUAGAUGAUGUAAUUCAGCGAGAAGAUAUGGAAGAGAAAAAAUGCACUUUGUCAACUAAAAAUCCCCAUUCCAUCUCUGAGUUUCAGACUGGAGAUGACAGUGGUAGCAGUUAUCUUGACACUUCAAUUAUGCACAUUGAUCUGUUGAGUAGCAAGCACAGCACCAACGAACACUCUGUGGAACGAGCAAAACUGAUUUUGCCUUGCCCUUGUGAAGCUGAUACAAUGUCUUAUGAGGAGAAUAAGAGUCCGGAGACAUAUCAUAGCCUUUUGUUUGCGAAGAGUCAGUCUUUUGGAGGGUCCAUGAAACUCAAUAGCAGGACUAUGGCAGAUAAUUCAAAAGUCAAAGGUUCUGGUGGAAGUGGAUUGGAAAGUCCUCAUGGUUUAUCUCAACAUAAACACGUGGAUCAAGCAACUAAAGAAGUGGAAUCACAUGUAGUGCAGUCCCCAGAUUUCAGUAUAUUAUUCGAUUCUUGCAACAGUGGUGCAAGUAUUUUAGAAGUAAAUAAUCAGUGUGAAAUGGUGGUUGAUGAUGUCAAUGACCAAUCUGGACAUCCUGAGCUUCCAAAUUCUAUCCUUGUAGUAGAGCGAGUUUUCCAGCAGGAUGACUUGUUGCUUGCAAACACCACUUCCGGGGAACUCAACAAGGAAAAUGAUUUUGGUGUUUCAGAACAAUCUGAUGUUUAUGGAAGUGAAUCAAAAAGUGUCGAGCUUUUUUCUCAUGUGACUCCUGCUUCGCAAGACAAUGGUCUGGAUGCAGAUCAGGAGGUUGAGUGCUUACACAUGGACGAUGAAGUGACAGGUUCUGUUAACCUUGAGCCAUUAGUUGAGAAUCCUGAACAUUAUAGUGAUGAGAAGUUCUGGCAUGACAAUGGCCUCAGCGGUCAAGCAUCUUCUUUGGAAGCUGCAAGAUUGAGUACAGAUCAAAUUUCAGCGGCAGUGGCCAUUUGCAACUCUAAGCCCUUUUGUUCCUUGAAUGAAGAAUCAGGGUUAUCUGCCAUAAGUGUUCAUGCAUCAGAAAGGGAAGCUGAAACUAGUAUCUCCCAGAGCUGUGAGAUGCAGCAAGACUUGGACCAGGCCACAUACGCCACAGAAGAUAAGGAUGCAACAGUACAGCCGAGGAAACCUGAGGAUUAUGAGAAGGAAGAAGCUCUUGUGGUAAAACCUCCGCCUCAUGCUGUUCCGUUCUCUGAUGAAUGGUUGGCUGCAUUCGAAGCUGCUGGAGAGGAAAUUCUAACAAUGAAAAGUGGUGCUGUACAAAAUUCACCCCCUGACAAGUGUCCACAUGAACCUGGUCCUUGGUCCCCGGUGAAAAAGAAAAAUAACCAGGGGAUCGGACCAUUUGAUUGUACUAAACACACCAAUAUCCCAUCUUCUAGCUCCCAAUAAUUCAAGGGGUACGAUGCAUGGUUCACUAACACCACUUGACUGAUUUAGAAUCUCACAAUAUUAAUUUUGGGCAAAAAUAAUUGCCUUGAAAAAAUGCGUCAAAGAAAUUCCUUUUGUACAACGUCUAAUUGAAUGUAAAUUCAGCACAAUUGAUCUGUAGUUCAUUGUUUGAUGAUUCAUCUACAGAAUUUUACAUAUUAACAUUCAAU